CGCCCCUGCCCCGCACCCCGCUCCGCCCUCGCCGCGCCCGCAGAGCCCCGGGGUGCGGCGCGCCCGCGUCGCGGUGAGGUCACAGGAGCGGGGCAGGAGGAGGGAGAGCGCCGGCGCCGCUCGUCCUGCGGCUGGUCGCGCUCCUCUGUGCGGUCCGCGGCGGCCGGGCCGGAGCCGGCUGCGGGGCCGGCGCGGGGGGCAGCGCGGGGCGACCCUGCGGAGAGAAAGGGCGGCCCGCGGCGCCCCCUGGCCUGCGGCCUGCCCGGCUGGAGGGCCGGAGCCUGACGCGGCCCCCGUGUCCGGGGCGUCCGGGGAGCGGCGGUGACCUUGCCCGGAGCCCGGCGGCCUGCGGCGAUGGAGCGUCGGGAGCCCCGGUCUCACGGCCCCGCGGGGAAGGCGCCCCGGCGGGCCUCGCCCGUCCGGAGCCCGAGCAGGGCCUGGGGCCGGCCCAGCGCCCCGAGCGGAGGGCCGCAGGUGCGGACUCAGGACUGGGUGUGCGAGCCCCCUGAGAGCAGGCCCGCGAGCCGCCGCUGGAGCGUCAGCAUCCACGAGCGCCGGCAGCUGGCCACGCAGGACGGCGGGGAGGAGCCGGGCACCGGCGGGCCUGACCCCCACUACAGGGACAUCGUGCGGCUCGUGGCGCAGCUGGUGUCCGAGGACGUGGACAAGGACGUGCUCCUGCCCCACCCACGGAGGUCCUCUGAGUCCGCCGAGGCCUUCCACGCCUUCCUAGCCCGGAGCUCGCCUUUCUGGCACACGGCGACCUCGGAGGCGCAGGUCUCGAGGUGCCAUGCCUUCCAGGGGGCCCAGCACCGACUGGCUAGAACUGGGGGUGCUGCGUCCCAUCCCACAGAACAUGGGGCUGCCUCCACCAACCAGGACGGUCGGCCCCAACCGGGAACAGCACCUACGCGGAGCCCCUGGGACAGAAGAGGGUCCCCCAGCAGCAGAGCGGGGUCAGCAGGAUGAGUGGAGUCAGUCUCAGGCCAGCAGCAGCUGGCGGGGACGUCUCCUGGGCCACCCCCACCUACGUCCCUCCUUUGUUUUUAUUUUUUAAGAUUGCAUUUAUUUUGAGUGCGAGUUGGGGGAGGGGCGGAGGGAGGGGGCGAAUCCCAAGCCGCGUCCCCGCUGAGCACAGGGCGCCCCCACAACCCCGAGUUUGUGACCUGAGCUGAAACCAAGCGUGAGAUGCUUCGGGGCACCUGGGGGCCCGUCGUCGGGCGUCUGCCUUUGG